CCGUAGUCUUCUUCACCCAAAUACAACAAACAACAGAGCAAGCAAACUCAGUGACAGCCAGCGAAACAACAAAUUCAUAUCUCUCUCUUAAAAUACCAUGGCAAUGUCGAUCGCCAGAAGUACCAUAGUUUUAUUGGUCGUGGCGACACUCCUGAUCUCUUCCGUGGUGGCUGCUCAGUCUCCUGCUCCAGCUCCAGCUCCAUCCAGCGGCGGAGGAAGACGGAAUAUUAUCUCUCCAUCUUCGUCCAUAACACCGACUCCUAAAUCAUCCGCAUUGCCGCCUCAAGCUGAUUCUUCUUCAGUCGACACUCCAGCACUCUCUCCGUCUUCCAUCUCUGAUUCGCCGUCAGAAGCUCCUGCUCCAGCAUUGGGCAGUAACGCCGCUUCCAACAGAUACACAGUUUUUGGUGCAUCCGUCGUCGUUUUGGUAUGCGCUGCCGUUUUGGCUAUCUAGACUCUCUCGCUAGCUGGAUCCGAUGAAAUCACCAUUAUUUCUUUAUUCAUUUUUUUUUUUUCCUACUUUCUCGAUCCGUUUUGGAUUUUGGUUAAAUCAGUAGUCGCAAGACUCUUAUUUCGAGUUUCCAUUGUUGUAUUGUACGGCCCCCCUUUAUCAUCAAUAUAUCAUAAUUUUUUACUAA